UGGCGGUAGAUUUUCAACACUCUCCAUUCUGUCCCUGGAACGACAUAAAAUUGGUUUUAGUGCUGCGGCUAGCCGGGAGUUGCUAAAAGAGCUCGUUUUCAGUCGCACAGUGUCACUAGAACCGAGGACAGCACCGGACAGCGUAAGCCCUAGCACCGAUAGUUAUCCGGAUCCAACGCUGAACACGGGCAAUAAUUGCGUAACUUCCGACCUGAGCUCACAGCCUACCUAGUGGAUCGUGCACCGAAAACAUGUGCUCUAUACUUGCAUGCUGUUGUGAUUGCGCGGCAACGAUUGCGUGUUGCUGCUGUACCUGCGCACUGCAGACGAUCUGCUGUACCGUCGGUAUUGCCCUCAUCAUCUGCUUGGCCGUCGGUCUGGGCGUUUACUUCGGUGUGUUCCACAACCGCGACUCGGACUCGGACUCGGAUACGAGAGCGGCCACACCGAGCAGUGUCCUGCUGAGGUCACUGAUGCCCGAAAGCUGGAGAGAUGACAAGGAUUCCCAGUGGAUAUACUGAUGCACCCCACUCAGACUACAUCCCCGGCCCGAAAGAACCGCUGUGUGUGUCUCUCUCUGUCUGUGAUACGUGUAAUUAGGCUAAGUUUGUGACGUCAAGUGAAGCCCGCUGUUUUCCGAUGCUCCGUUGUUCGAUCAUCACCACAAAAUCCAGGAACCAGUGAACAAUAAAUCGUUGUGGCCUACGGGCACCGUGUCGAACGUUGUGAGUCAACCCUUUCACAUAAAGAUAAACCCGUUCGACAAUGUUAUCGCCGGAACUGACAUCGUCAACACUGGAGAUAGCCGCUUAUCAGGUGUGGCUUGUCUGGAGAGCGAGAGUACUGUUUGAGCUGCUUUGCUAACGAAGGACUGACCGGAGGCUUCCUAUGAGUGUCAUACCUGAUCUGUGCGAAGUAGGAGUUCCGCUCUUCCGCUCAGCGUUCAGCGUUCAAAUUGUAGCACCUUUCACGGUGUAGUGACCCGGAAAAGAAUAUGU